GCUGCGGAGCCAUGCGGAGCCUUUCUGAAGGCUUCAGAUCCGGGUUAAGCUUAAACUGUCUGGACAGACUAGACUAGACGAUAGUAUUAUAGACAAUAUCGUUCGUUAUACGAAGUACAGUACCGUGCAUAAUGUUGAUAGAUGUAUGUGGUGGUGAAUUAUACUUUGCGUUGGUGAUUGCAGGAGUGCCGUGUUGGGCUUCUGAUUCGCGAUUCUUGAAGGAGGCAGAGACUUUGAGUACCGAGCUGGGAGGCGGAAGGAGAUCCACGCUACCGCGUGCGCAUACUGUCUCGUCCACCCACGAUGGGCAGCAGAGUAUCUCGCAUCUUCACGAGCAGCAAAAGAUCACCACAUACAGUAUCAAUAUGGGGCCGAAAAUCAUAGCGCAAGGGUGUCAUUGGGACGGCCAGGACCCCGGACACAAUUUGAUCUUUGUGCAUUUCGAAAGUCUGGAGUGCACAUGCGAGCGUCAGCCCAAGCCAGAGCCAGAGAGAGUCCAGUAGCAGUAACUAGCGCAACGAAGCAAGGCCGUCCG